ACUGACAAACUUCCGCCCAAUUUGCUGGCCCUGUUCCAGCCGAGGCCUCCAGUCCGAUAUCUCGCUCCGGUUGACAUCGCGCCCGAGAAGCGUAUUACCCCUCGUCUUUCUGGAGUCGCGAAGUAUGCGGCGAUGCUCAAUGAUCAUGUCGCUGACUAUACGCCGACGGAAAGUAUCGCCGAGAGGCAGGAAAGACUGAAGGCGGAGAAGAAAGCUAAGCAUGAGCAAGAUCUGAAGGAGGCUUUAGAGAAGUGGGACCCAAGCUCAGAUAGCCAAGCCCGUGGUGAUCCAUACCGAACUCUCUUCGUCUCCCGCGUUCACUACGAAGCAACUGAAGAAGACGUCGACCGCGAAUUCAGCAAAUUCGGACCCAUCGAGCGUAUCCGCAUCGUGAAAAACACCGAGACCGGUAAACCCACAGGCUACGCUUUCAUCGUCUACGAACGCGAAAAGGACAUGAAAACCGCAUAUAAGGAGUGUGAUGGCUUGAGAAUCCGGGAUCGGAGGGUUGUUGUGGAUGUUGAGCGUGGGAGGACUGUGAAGGGAUGGAAGCCGAGGAGAUUGGGUGGUGGGUUGGGUGGG